GGGGACAGAGGGAUCACAAUCGGAUCCCGCAGCGACCCGUGCAGCUUGCCGCGUGGAUCCUCGCGCUCUCACCAUGAGCUGUGCCGUCAGGCAGGUUGUUCCUACCUGUUCCCAGGGCAGGAGCAGCGUGGGCAGCUCUGCAGCUGGUAGUGGAAGAAAGGUCUCCUCCGCCUCCUCGGGAAGACACGCUGCCUAUGACUUAGGCGGUGUGGUUGGCAGUUUUUCCGGUGGCAGUUUAAGCGAGGGAUUGCUUGGGAAGCAGCUGAGCGCCGGCAGUGCUGCUGGUGGGAGCUUCGGAGUCACGCAGAGGGCUUGUUCCGCCCUUGGAUUCGGCGGUGGAGGCAUCUGCACUCGAGGCGCUGGUGGCGGCUUCACCAGGGCCAGCGCUGGCUGCGGUGAUGGGAUCUUAUUUGCUAACAACGAAAAGGCGACGAUGCAGAACCUCAACGACCGCUUGGCCUCUUACCUGGACAAGGUGCGACUCUUGGAGGGGGACAACGCCGACCUCGAGUGCAAGAUCAGGGAGUGGUAUGCCAAGGUAGGGCCCAGCUGCGAACCACGGGACUACAGCUGUUUUCAUAAGGAGAUCGAAGACCUUCAAAACCAGAUCCUGUGUGCAGCCAUGGAGACUAACAAAAUCCUUUUGAAUAUUGAUAACAACAGGAUGACUGCUGAUGACUUCCGAGUGAAGUACGAGACCGAGUGUGGUCUCCGGCAAAACGUGGACACGGACAUUUGCAACUUACGCCCGGUCCUGGACCAGCUGGCCAGCUGCAAGACCGACCUGCAGCUACAGUGUGAGGCUUUGACCGAAGAGAUGUGCUGUCUCAAGACGAACCACGAGGAGGAAAUGAGCUGUCUGAGGAAACAGGCGACUGGAGAUGUGAGCGUGGAGGUCAAUGCCUGCCCCGGCCCAGACCUGAGGAAGAUCCUGGAGGAUCUGAGGUGCCAGUAUGAAACGCUGAUGGAGCGCAACCGCAAAGAGACUGAGCAGUGGUAUGCCUGCAAGGUGGAGGAGGUGAAUCUGGAGGUCGUCACAAGCAGCCAGGAGAUCGAGUCAAGCAACAAACAGGUCACUGAGCUGAGACGCCAGCUGCAGGCCUUGGAAAUCAAUGUGCAGGCCCAGCUCACCAUGAAAGAAAACCUGGAAUCCUCUUUGGCGGAAACCGAAUGUCGCUACAACAAAUACCUGGCUGAGCUGCAGAAUCAGAUCUCCUGCGUGGAGCAGCGGCUGGCUGAAAUUCGAGCAGAAAUGGAGUGCCAGAACCAGGAAUACAAGACCCUCCUGGAUGUCAAAUGCCGCCUGGAGCAGGAGAUUCAGACCUACCACUGCCUGCUGGAGGGCGGACAGCACGACAUCAUAGGGGCGGCGGGAAGAGGAGUCCCUGCGGCAUCAGCCGGGAGAAGCGGGGGGCUGAAAGCCAGCCUGUGUCAGCCAUGCCUGCCCUAAGCCCGGGCGCUCUGGGUGAGGAUGGGUAAGGUCACUGCAGACGAGAAAGCUUCUCUGCCAGCCCCACUGCACGUCCCCCUGAGGAGUCUCAAGGAACAAACCAUUUGGAAAAAGCAAGACAAAAAUAACCUGACAGUUCUCAGUUCUGCUUAUAGCACCAGUCGGAAGGGUCUUUGCAGAACGGCUGCCAUCCUGCCACCCACGCUGCCUGCUGCCUUCAUCCUCUGGUGCUGCUUUGAUCUAAUCACUAGUCUUCACUUGGGCUAAUCUGUUUUGCGGUCAGCUGUCUCACAACUACCAAAGCUUGUCUCUAAUAAAACUUUGCUAGUACUGA